AUUGAAAGAAACUGAUAAGAAAGUCUAUAAAUGUGCCAUAUGUGGCUAUCAAACACUACUUAAGAGAAAUCUUGACUGUCACAAGAAAACUCAUUUGGCACCGGAAGAACGAGAGUUAUUUGCUUGUAUACACUGUGACAAGAAAUAUACAUCGAAACAAGGCGUACGUCGUCACAUUGAGGAUAAUCAUAUUGAUUCCAGGUCCAAGACUGCGCGGAAAAAUAUCCAUAAAUGUUCCAUUUGUGGCUACCAAACACACGAUAUAGCAAACUUUCAACGACACCAGAAAAUUCACUUGGCCCCAGAUGAACGACAGAUGUUUGCUUGUGCAUACUGUGAUAAGAAAUAUACAGAAAAACGAAAAUUAAAAUACCACCUUGACGCUAAGCAUAUUGAUUCCAGGUCCAAGGAUGCGCAGAAAAAUCUCCAGAAAUGUUCCAUUUGUGGCUACCAAACACCCUAUAUGUCACACUUGCGACGACACCAGGAAAUUCACUUGGCCCCAGAUGAACGACAGUUGUUUGCUUGUGCAUACUGUGAUAAGAAAUAUACAGAAAAACGAAAAUUAAAAUACCACCUUGACGCUAAGCAUAUUGAUUCCAGGUCCAAGGAUGCGCAGACAAAUCUCCAUAAAUGUUCCAUUUGUGGCUACCAAACACCCUUUAUAUCAUGCUUGCAACGACACCAGGAAAUUCACUUGGCCCCAGAUGAACGACAGUUGUUUGCUUGUGCACACUGUGAUAAGAAAUAUACAGAAAAACGAAAAUUAAAAUUCCACCUUGACGCUAAGCAUAUUGAUUCGAGGUCCAAGGAUGCGCGGAAAAAUAUCCAUACAUGUUCCAUUUGUGGCUACCAAACACGCAAUAUAACAAACUUUCAACGACACCAGGAAAUUCACUUGGCCCCAGAUGAACGACAGUUGUUUGCUUGUGCACACUGUGAUAAGAAAUAUACGACAAAACAAAGAUUAAAAGACCACCUUGACGCUAAUCAUAUUGAUUGCAGGUCCAAGGAUGCGCGGAAAAAUAUCCAUACAUGUUCCAUUUGUGGCUACCAAACACCCUAUAUAUCAUGCUUGCAACGACACCAGAAAAUUCACUUGGCCCCAGAUGAACGACAGAUGUUUGCUUGUGCACACUGUGAUAAGAAAUAUACGGCAAAACAAAAAUUAAAAGACCACCUUGACGCUAAUCAUAUUGAUUGCAGGUCCAAGGAUGCCCAGAAAAAUCUCCAGAAAUGUUCCAUUUGUAACUACCAAACACCCUAUAUGUCACACUUGAAACGACACCAGAAAAUUCACUUGGCCCCAGAUGAACGACAGUUGUUUGCUUGUGCACACUGUGAUAAGAAAUAUACAGAAAACCGAAAAUUAAAAUUCCACCUUGACGCUAAGCAUAUUGAUUCCAGGUCCAAGGAUGCGCAGAAAAAUCGCCAUAAAUGUUCCAUUUGUGGCUACCAAACACCCUCUAUAUCACACUUUCAACGACACCAGAAGAUUCACUUGGCCCCAGAUGAACGACAGUUGUUUGCUUGUGCACACUGUGAUAAGAAAUAUACGGAAAAACAAAGAUUAAAAGACCACCUUGACGCUAAGCAUAUUGAUUCCAGGUCCAAGGAUGCGCAGAAAAAUCUCCAUAAAUGUUCCAUUUGUGGCUACCAAACACCCUUUAUAUCAUGCUUGCAACGACACCAGAAAAUUCACUUGGCCCCAGAUGAACGACAGUUGUUCGCUUGUGCACACUGUGAUAAGAAAUAUACGGAAAAACAAAGAUUAAAAGACCACCUUGACGCUAAUCAUAUUGAUUGCAGGUCCAAGGAUGCGCAGAAAAAUCUCCAUAAAUGUUCCAUUUGUGGCUACCAAACACCCUUUAUAUCAUGCUUGCAACGACACCAGAAAAUUCACUUGGCCCCAGAUGAACGACAGUUGUUCGCUUGUGCACACUGUGAUAAGAAAUAUACGGAAAAACAAAGAUUAAAAGACCACCUUGGCGCUAAUCAUAUUGAUUCCAGGUCCAAGGAUGCGCAGAAAAAUCUCCAUAAAUGUUCCAUUUGUAGCUACCAAACACCAAAUAUAUGGCAUUUGCAACGACACCAGAAAAUUCACUUGGCCCCAGAUGAACGACAGUUGUUCGCUUGUGCACACUGUGAUAAGAAAUAUACGGAAAAACAAAGAUUAAAAGACCACCUUGACGCUAAUCAUAUUGAUUGCAGGUCCAAAGAUGCGCAGAAAAAUCUCCAUAAAUGUUCCAUUUGUAGCUACCAAACAGCCUAUUUAUCACACUUGCAACGACACCAGAAAAUUCACUUGGCCCCAGAUGAACGACAGUUGUUCGCUUGUGCACACUGUGAUAAGAAAUAUACGGAAAAACAAAGAUUAAAAGACCACCUUGACGUUAAUCAUAGUGAUUCCAGAUCGAAAGAAGCUGAGCUAAAAGUCCAUAAAUGCGCCAUAUGUGGCUUUCAAACGCUAGAUAAGCGCAAUUUUUACAGACACGGGAAAAUUCACAUGGCACCGGAAGACCGACAGUUGUUUGCAUGUGCACACUGUGAUAAGAAAUAUACAUCAAAACAAAACUUACGUCAUCACAUUGAGGAGUCAAAGAAUCCGCAGGAAAAUAUCCAUAAAUGUUCCAUUUGCGGCUACCAAACACGACAUGUGGCACACUUUAGAAAACACCAGAACAUUCAUUUGAUACUAGAAGAACGACAGAAGUUUGCUUGUGCGCAUUGUGGCAAGAAGUUUACACAAAAAAUACUAUUAAGAUAUCACAUUGAACGUAAUAUUUGUAUUGAUUCCAGGUCCAAGGAUGCGCGGAAAAAUAUCCAUACAUGUUCCAUUUGUGGCUACCAAACACGCAAUAUAACAAACUUUCAACGACACCAGGAAAUUCACUUGGCCCCAGAUGAACGACAGUUGUUUGCUUGUGCACACUGUGAUAAGAAAUAUACGACAAAACAAAGAUUAAAAGACCACCUUGACGCUAAUCAUAUUGAUUGCAGGUCCAAGGAUGCGCAGAAAAAUCUCCAUAAAUGUUCCACUUGUAGCUACCAAACACGCGAAAAAACACACUUGCAACGACACCAGGAAAUUCACUUGGCCCCAGAUGAACGACAGUUGUUCGCUUGUGCACACUGUGAUAAGAAAUAUACAGAAAAACGAAUAUUAAAAUUCCACCUUGACGCUAAGCAUAUUGAUUCCAGAUCGAAAAAAUCUCAGAAAAAAGUCUAUAAAUGUGCCAUAUGUGACUUUCGAACGCUACAUAGGAGAAGUCUUCAAAAUCACAAGAAAACUCAUUUGGCACCGGAAGCCCGACAGUUGUUUGAAUGUACACACUGUGAUAAGAAAUAUACAUCGAGACAAGGCUUACGUCAUCACAUUGAGGAUAAUCAUAUUGAUUCCAGGAUAGAACAGUUCAACGAAACAGGGAUUCAAGCAGUUCGACGAAACCAGUCCAAGGAUGCGCAGAAAAAUCUCCAUAAAUGUUCCAUUUGUGGCUACCAAACACCCUAUAUAUCACACUUGCGACGACACCAGGAAAUUCACUUGGCCCCAGAUGAACGACAGUUGUUUGCUUGUGCACACUGUGAUAAGAAAUAUACAGAAAAACGAAAAUUAAAAUUCCACCUUUACGCUAAGCAUAUUGAUUCCAGAUCGAAAAAAUCUCAGAAAAAAGUCUAUAAAUGUGCCAUAUGUGACUUUCGAACGCUACAUAGGAGAAGUCUUCAAAAUCACAAGAAAACUCAUUUGGCACCGGAAGCCCGACAGUUGUUUGAAUGUACACACUGUGAUAAGAAAUAUACAUCGAGACAAGGCUUACGUCAUCACAUUGAGGAUAAUCAUAUUGAUUCCAGGUCCAAGGCUGCGCGGAAAAAUAUCCAUAAAUGUUCCACUUGUAGCUACCAAACACCCUAUUCAACACACUUGCAACGACACCAGGAAAUUCACUUGGCCCCAGAUGAACGACAGUUGUUCGCUUGUGCACACUGUGAUAAGAAAUAUACGGAAAAACAAAGAUUAAAAGUCCACUUUGACGUUGAUCAUAUGGGUUCCAGGUCCAAGACUGCGCGGAAAAAUAUCCAUAAAUGUUCCAUUUGUGGCUACCAAACACACGAUAAAACUCACUUGCAACGACACCAGGAAAUUCACUUGGCCCCAGAUGAACGACAGUUGUUUGCUUGUGCAUACUGUGAUAAGAAAUAUACGGAAAAACGAAGAUUAAAAGGCCAUCUUGACGUUAAUCAUAUUGAUUCCAGAGCGAAAGAAGGUGAGCUAAAAGUCUAUAAAUGCGCCAUAUGUGGCUAUCAAACGCUAGAUAAGCCCAAUUUUUACAGACACGAGAAAAUUCACAUGGCACCGGAAGACCGACAGUUGUUUGCAUGUGCACACUGUGAUAAGAGAUAUACAAUAAAACAAACCUUACGACGUCACCUUGAGAAGAAACAUAUUGAUGCCAGAUCGAAAGAAGCUGAGGAAGAAGUCUUUCAUUGUACCAAAUGUGACAUUCAUACGCCAUAUAAAUCAAAUUUUUGCAGUCAGAAGAAAAUUCAUUUGCCACUGAAAGACCGACAGUUGUUUGCAUGUACACACUGUAAUAAGAAAUAUACAACAAAAUAUUUCUUACGACGCCACCUUGAGCAUAAUCAUAUUGAUUCCAGAAAUGCCGAUUGUACAUUUUCAACUGAUGAAGUGAUAUUAGAUGCUUUAAAAAUCGAAAUUGAUGAUCUUGCUUCGCCUUUGGAUGACUCUAAAAAUUCUGAAUGUUUAUCUGUGACUAAUGAAAUAAAAUCAGAAGAUUUUAUAAAAACAGAACCUGAAGAUGUUGCUCCGAUUAUGAAGACAGAGGCGCACGAUGACUUUAAAAAUAGCGAAAAUGAAUCUGCCACUCGAAAUGUGAAGCUAGAAGAUUUUAUAAAAAUGGAACCUGACGAUGACGUCUGACGUUUGUGGAUAAAGAUACGCAUUUGUAGAAAAAGAAAAUAUUCGUAACACAUUACAACCAAACAGAAGAUUUUAUAAAAACAGAACAUGAAGAUGUCGCUCCGAUUAUGAAGACAGAGGUGCACGACGACUUUAAAUAUGUUUUUUAAAUGUACACUCAGAUGCAAAUAAAAAC